AUGACUGAUGUAGAGGGUGAGAGAAAAUAUUUGAAAGAUGACAAACUUAUUGACAUGUUGGUCAUUCAUAUUGAGAAUGACGGUUUAAAGCUUAAUAUUGUUGUUCUUGGAGAGAUGGUGGACCGGAUCAAGGGUCUUGUGGCAUCGGAUGAGCAACAACUGCCAGUAGUUAUUUUUCAAUUUGCAAGAAUAAAGAAUGUUGGAGAUGUUCUUGAGGCUAUGAUGCUUCAAAAAAGUGUGUACUUUAGAGAGAUCUCGCAGUACCUGUCUGUAAUUUCCGGCAAACCGGCGUAUGUUGAUGAAGAUGAAGUUUUAUAUUCCACUGAGAGGAAGUCAAUAAAGGAGUUAUGUGCGGUUGCGGAUGUUGGAUUCUAUGUUAUUCUGGCCACUGUUCUUGAUGUUGAACCCGUUCCAAGUUGGGGGUAUAAAUCAUGUGUUUGCAGCGUGAAGACAGAAGCUAAUGCGGAUACAUACUUCUGCGAUGGCUGUAAUAGGGACGUCAAUAAUGUGGUUGACAGGUAUAAAUUGAAUUUCUUGGUUUUUGAUGAUACUGCUAUAACAAAUUUUGUUGUGUUCGAUAAGGAGGCUGCAACCCUAUUCGGAUGGACCUGUACUGAGACAGUGAAAGAGUUGAAUAAAAAAGGGGAAGCAAGCAAAGAUCCUAUUGGUUUUAAUGAGUUUUUCCUUGAUAAGGAGUUUCUAUUCAAGGUCGAAGUAGAAACUACUGGAUGGUGCGAUUCUUAUGAUGCAUCGGUGAUAAGUUCUGAUUCUACCAUUUUAGUGAGGUGGAGGGACACUCAAGGCCCGAUAAAAUCUAGUGUAUCCCCUGUUAGUCCUGUUAACCCUGUUCAGGUAUGA